GAAUAAUAAUGAAUCUGGAGUCCACGUUUUGACUUCCUGACAAGAAAACAGUCGGAACACAGAGCGUAUUCAAGAAGGUGUUAUACUGUGUGAAAUUUGUGUCUCAUAAAAAAAACUUACAAAAAUAAAUAAAUAUUUUGAUGAGUAUAAAUAUUUAAAAUAAAGUGAAGUUAUUAAGUGUGGAUAUGGAAUACAGAAACCACUGUAUUUUGUUGCUAUUGCUGUUGCUGCAAAUAUCAAUGAUAUCAGGAGCACCUCUGCUGCACUGGUUGCAGUCAAACCAGAUAACUCCCAUACAACAGCAGCUGUUGGAACUACAGGCGAUGCAGCAAUACUAUCCGAUAUCACCUCUUAGCAUGGACACGUUGACUAACCAACCCCAGCCAAUAAUAAUCAUCCUACCCGAGGAACAAACAAAAUCAGAUGCGAACGUAGAUCCAAAAAACGGCCAUCAAUAUGAUCAACAACUGAAGGCAAAAACUAAAGACGAAGACGAUUCAGUUGUAAUAGAUGCUGAGCCUAUACCAACCAUCGAUGGCAGAAAAGCCAUAAUAAUGCUACCAAAUGGGAGAUUUUCUAUAGGAGACUUUAUUUCAGCUAUACCAUUUCUCCCUAUAGAAAUUAACGUCCCAGAUACAAUAUCCUGGAUAGGAAGUGGAAUAUCAGGCAUCAUAUCUGGCAUCGGACAAAGAUUACCUUUCCGAAGACCCACUCCCAACACUGUCAGCGAUAUUUUAGCCGAAGCUAACAUGGAUGAUAUGAAAACAAACGCUCAAUAUAACCCAGUAAUUGUCAAACCUUUAGUUAUGCUACCGUUCGGUGGCAAAAGACUGAUAUUUCCAACUCAAUUUUGAACAUGAGUAGGAGUAUAUUAUGUAAGUAAUAUAUGAACCUGCACCUAUUUCUUUAAAA